AUGGCGCGAAAUCUGAGAUGGGUUUUGCUUAUUGUUGUGGUCUCGUGUCUUGUUUCGAAACUGGAAGCUAGUGAAGGAGAUGCUGAUCCUCUUUACAAGUCAUGUGUUGAGCAAUGUCAGAAAACUGGAUGCGUAGGGGAUACUUGCUUUCAGCACUGUAAAUUUUCAGCCGAUGGAAAAGCUAUUGACGGUCCGUGGUACAUGCAAGAGCCACUUUACCUGCGAUGGAAACAAUGGGAUUGCCAAAGUGAUUGCCAGUACGAAUGCAUGAUGACAAGAGAAGAAGAAAGAAAAAGAAACGGCGAGAAACCUACCAAGUAUUUCGGUAAAUGGCCACUCAAACAUGUCUAUGGAAUUCAGGAACCUGUCUCUGUUGCUUUCUCUGCUCUUGAUCUUGCAAUACAAUUCCAUGGAUGGGUCUCAUAUUUCAUCCUCGUUUACUAUAAAUUACCACUCCAGUCAAACCGGAAAACUUACUACGAGUACAACGGAUUAUUGCAUAUUUAUGCCAUCAUUGUAAUGAAUUCACUCUUCUGGAGUGGUGUCUGUCACAGCAGAGAUGUUGAAUUGACGGAGAGGCUAAAUUACUCCUCUGCUACAGUAUUAGCCGGAUUUUUGCUAAUUCUAGCAAUAGUCCGGUCUUUCAGUAUUCACGAUCAAUCUGCCAAAAUCAUGGUUACUGCACCUAUUCUCGCGGUUGUAGCAACUCAUAUUCUUUACCUCAAUUUCUACAACCUCGAUGAAGGGCUUCACCGGAAAGUGAUAUAUGCAAUAGGAGCUUUCGAGCUAGUGGUGUGGGGUAUUUGGGCGGCUUUAACCUCACAUCCAUCAAAGUGGAAGCUAAGAGCUUUCUUCGUCGCCAGCAUAGUGACAAUGUGUCUUAGAAUGUUCGAUUUCCCACCUUACAAAGGCUAUGUCGAUGCUCACGCGCUUCGGCGUGCUGCCGGAAUCCCACUUUCUUAUCUUUGGUGGAGUUUUGUCCGUGACGACGCUGUUUUCAGAACCACCGUUCUUCUCAAGAAAUCAAAGUGA